UACGCACAAACCCAACACAAAACCGCCUCAUUUUCAACUCUCCCUAGAGAGAGAGAGAGAGAGAGGGAGAGGGAGAGAAGGGAGAGAGCGGCGGAUGUGACGGAGAUGGAGGUGGAGGUGGCGGCGGUGUCGCCGGAGCUGAGCCCUGAGGAGGAGCGGCUCCUCAUCAGGGACAUCACCAUCGCAGCAGAAGCCCAUUCCAAAGAGGGCGACAACUUCUUCCUCAUCGCGCAGAGAUGGUGGCAGCAUUGGGUUGAUUAUGUAACUCAAGAAGCAGUUAGUACAGCAAAUAAUGGAUUGUCUUCAUAUGGCUCUUAUCAUCAUGAAUCAGUUUCAAGCACUUCGAGAAGACCAGCUGCUAUUGAUAAUUCAGAUUUAAUAGAUGAUGUGGUGUCUGAGGUCUCUAAUGUUGAAAUUGAACUUCAUGAAACUUUAGUUGAAGGCCGUGACUAUAUAUUGCUACCACAGCAAGUUUGGGAAAAGUUGUAUGGUUGGUAUGGUGGAGGACCAACAUUACCAAGAAAAGCUAUCAACACAGGUCUAUCUCAGACUGAUUUAGCUAUAGAAGUCUAUCCUCUGCGGCUUCAGUUGCUUUUGAUGCCAAAAGGAGAGCGUGCUGUUGUUAGGAUAAGCAAGAAGGAAACAGUUAGUGAGCUUCACAAAAAGGCUUGCGAGGUUUUUGAUUUGAUCUUGGAUCAAAUAUGUAUAUGGGACUACUAUGGUCAGCAGAAACAUGCCUUGAUGGACAACAUGGAGCAAACCCUUGAUGAUGCCAAUAUUCAGAUGGAUCAACAUAUUUUGGUAGAGGUCCUAAGCGAUGGAAAUGGCAGUUUAGAUGGAGGGUGCAUGAGCUCAAUACAAGAAAAUGGAUGUAACGAAAAAGAUUCCCUUUCUAUAAUUGUGGAACCUUCUAGAUCGAGCUUGUCCAUUGCUGAGAAUUUCUCGACAAACAACUGUGCUUCAAGAAGCUGCAGUUCCGAGUUCUCGCAAAGCCAGUAUUUGACUUCCCCAAGCAGUGAAUUGGAUAAUAAUUUGCAUAUAACACAUAGCAUUACUACUAGAGGAACUCCUGUGGGUCUUACAGGACUGCUAAAUCUUGGGAAUACCUGUUUUAUGAACAGUGCAGUACAAUGUCUGGUACAUACACCAGAGUUUGCUAGGUACUUUCGUGAAGAUUAUCGCCAAGAAAUUAAUUGGCAGAAUCCGUUGGGCAUGGUUGGUGAGCUUGCUUUAGCUUUUGGGGAGCUACUAAGGAAGCUGUGGGCUCCUGGGCGCACUCCCAUUUCUCCUCGGCCAUUCAAAUCAAAGCUCGCUCGUUUUGCACCUCAAUUCAGUGGCUAUAGUCAGCAUGAUUCCCAGGAGCUCUUAGCAUUCCUCUUGGAUGGACUUCAUGAAGAUCUGAAUCGUGUUAAGCACAAGCCCUACAUAAGAACUAAUGAUGCCGAUGGACGGUCCGAUGAGGAAGUUGCAGAUGAGUAUUGGGCGAAUCACAUUGCUCGAAAUGAUUCAAUCAUUGUUGAUGUAUGCCAGGGUCAAUACAAAUCAACAUUGGUUUGCCCUGUAUGCGGAAAAGUUUCGGUGACCUUUGAUCCGUUCAUGUACCUUUCGCUACCUCUACAAUCAACCUCGUCGCGAACUGUAACUGUUAUGGUCUUUAACAUUGAUGGAAGCACAUUGCCUACCCCUUGCACCGUAAGUGUGCCCAAGCAAGGCCGGUGCAGGGAUUUGAUCCAAGCUUUAAGCUCCGCUUGUUCAAUUAAAAAUGGGGAGAAAAUUCUACUUGCAGAGAUUCGUGGUCAUUUUAUUCAUCACUUUCUGGAGGAUCCAUCAGUGCUGCUAUCUACCAUUAAGGAUGAUGAUCAUAUUGUAGCCUAUAGGGUCCAAACCUUAGGCCUGGAUUCAACUUACAUUCAGUUUGUGCACCGUCGUGAGGAAAUAUGGUUCAACUUCAUUCGUUGCAGGGAGCCCGGGAACAAUAGCAGUUCUACGGUGUGGAAACCAUAUGGCACGCCUCUCAUCACACCAAUCACAUGCGAUCAAACUGUCACAGGCACCGAUAUCCACAUGAUGGUCCGCACCAUGCUGGCUCCCUUGGUACAACAUGAAGGGCAUCAAUCUUUGACCCUUCGGAAUUCAAGCAGCAAUGAAGAAAACGACUCUAGAGACACAGAUAGUGAUUCUGAAACAACCACGUCCCCUGUGAUGCAUCUUCAAUUGCUCGAUGAAAAUGAUGAAUGCAUUGAUUUGUCGGAAGAGGAGAAUCCUAUAAAUCUGGCAUCAUUAGCUUCGCCAAUUAUUGUCUUUAUAAAUUGGUCCAAGAAGGAUUUGAAAAGGUUUGAUAUCCAUCAUCUGGAGAACAUUCCGGAACUUUUCAAGUACGCACCUGCACCCAAAAGAACACGUGGUGAACCCCUCUCCCUAUAUGCGUGCCUCGAUGCUUUCUUGAGGGAAGAGCCUCUAGUACCUGAAGACAUGUGGUACUGUCCGAGAUGCAAGGAGCAAAGGCAAGCCAGCAAGAAGUUGGACCUGUGGAGGCUUCCGGAGGUUUUGGUUAUUCAUCUUAAGAGGUUCUCCUUUAGCCGUUCUACAAAGCACAAGUUGGAAACCUUCAUCAAUUUCCCCAUUCAUGACUUGGAUUUGACAAAUUAUGUCGCCAACAAGAAAAGCCCCCAGUGUCAAAUUUAUCAGCUGUAUGCCCUGAUCAAUCACUAUGGAAGCAUGGCAAGCGGGCAUUACACUUCACAUAUUAAGCUCUUAGAUGAAAACAGAUGGUAUAAUUUCGACGACAGCCACAUCUCGCCCAUCAACGAGGACGAGGUGAAGUCGGCGGCGGCGUACGUUCUCUUCUACCGCCGAAUUAAAGUAGAAGACGCGGCCAUCAGUAACGGAGCUCUAUCCUGCGCGAACCCUACGCACAGUUUCAGUCGGAGAUAAAAUAAAUAGACACAAAGAAACAAAAUCAUUUUCUUUCAAGUUAUGUCCCCUAUCAAAGCCAUGUAAUUUUCGAUGUUCAUUACGUGGAUGCGAUGUUCUCGGUAUCAAGAAUGGUGCGAAAAGUCUCCGCCUAUAAUCGCAGAAUCGGCAAUUUGCAGGUUUGCAGCUCAUUUCCAAAGUGCUACAAAAUUAGUGUAACUGAAGAGGGGGGGCAAUUUGUAAGAUAUUAAGAGUCUCAGUUAUUUAUGUGAGCUAUGUAUGUAUACAUACACACAGAAAAGCCCUUCUAGAAGGAAUCCUGUUUAGAAUGGAGGUAGAGCCAUUGAGUAGUAUCUGUAGAUUAUUAUUUAGAUUAUAUUGCGAAAUACAUUUUGUUAUUGUAGAAUUAAACAGUUAUAUUGAUGUGGAAACUAAUUACAUUUCUCGCAAUCAGGGUUAAGAUAGUAUGUAGAAGCAACUGUUACUUUUAUUGAUCUUCGCGCAUAUUCGACUGUAAAAUAUUUUAAUGAA